AUGACCAUGUUAUCUUCUAAAUCAGCAAAGUCUUCAAAUUCACCAAAAAGACCUGUCCAGAAAAAGCAGAAUAAAUUAGGGCCGUAUAAUCUUUUACAGACUUUAGGCGAGGGCGAAUUUGGAAAAGUUAAACUAGGUAUCCACAGUGAGACUGGACAAGAGGUGGCUAUUAAGCUAAUUAAAAAAGAGGGCGCUGGUUCAGAUACUCGUAUCAACAAAGUCGAAAGAGAGAUUUCUGUAUUAAAGACCUUGAAUCAUCCUUAUAUUGUCAAGCUGUUCAACGUUGUAGAAACCGAGAAAUACAUUGGUAUCAUUUUAGAAUAUGCAUCAGGUGGCGAAUUGUUCGAAUAUAUUCUGGCUCAUCGAUAUCUAAAGGAAAAAGAUGCCAAAAGAUUUUUUGCCCAGUUGAUUAGCAGUGUUCAAUAUAUGCAUAAACGAAAAAUUGUCCAUCGCGAUCUUAAAUUGGAAAAUUUACUAUUGGAUAAAAAUAGAAAUAUCAUUGUUACAGAUUUCGGCUUUGCUAAUCAGUUCGAUUUGGCUGCUGAUGAUUUAAUGGCUACAACCUGUGGAUCCCCCUGCUACGCUGCUCCCGAAUUAGUGGUAAAUGCUGGUCUCUAUGCUGGCUCUGCAGUAGAUAUUUGGAGUUGCGGUGUGAUACUGUAUGCAAUGAUAUGUGGUUUCCUUCCCUUCGAUGAUGAUCCAUCCAACCCUGACAGCGAUAACAUAAAUCAAUUAUACCGCUACAUUCUAUCCACACAUCUCAUGUUCCCUUCUUAUGUUUCGGCAGAUGCUCGUGACCUUCUACAAAGGAUGCUAGUUCCUGAUCCAACCAAGCGUUGCUCUCUUGAAUACAUCAUACAACAUCCAUGGUUAGAUAUACAUCGCAGCAGAGGCGGCCAAGUUAUCCUCUUCAUCCACCUCUUACGUUACAACAGACAUGGAAAACCAUCACCCACCAAAUUUGGUCUUGACAAAUAG